AUGCUCAAGAGAAUCAUCCGGACCCAACCUCAAGUUUCACCUCUAGCACCUCAGAUAUCUACAUAUGAAGAAACAGAAGAAGCUCGAUCGGAACUCCCAUCGAAGAGGAUUUCCAGCACGGUGGAAAUGCAACUGCCAGACCUUGUUCCUGAGCACACGUCUAUCGCCACAUUCCAUAUGACUAAGAAGAGAAAGAAACUCAGCAUUUCUGAAUUUGAGAGAGCGGCAGACAAACGACUUCCCCAGAACCAAGCUCAGUCAACGUUGGACAGCACUGCUUUAGCUCGAUCUCUUCGCAUGUCUCUUGGUUCCUUGAUCGCACCAGACACUGUUGAAAAGAGAGGCUUGCUGCGGAGGCCAAAAAGUCACAAAGCUAUUGACAUGGAAGCUUUUGAAGGCGGAGUGGAACAGAACAUGCUGAAGAGAAAAGCAGAGGACUAUCUUGUGGAUUCACAUACAGCAUCUGGGAUUCAAACAGCCCCGCUGACGAGUGAUGCGGAAAUCAUGCUGAAUAACACGGAGCUCUUUGUUCAGCCUCGGUUUGAUGAACAGAGCCAAAAUAAGCUUUCUGCUCUUGAACCACAGCUAUUGGAUUCAAAAACUUCAGCCCAGAGAAGCAAGAUUUCUGAUGCAGCUCAAGAGGAAGCAGGGCUGGUGGGCCUGGUAUCCAGUGUGGGCACAAAUGAGGGAAGGACCCAAAGAUAUUCUGAGGACUUAAUCCUUGAUCGUGAGCAUGUUGACGGAAUCACUCAUUUAUCUCCAAAAACACCCACAAAUCAGCGAGAAGAUAAGCAAGAUCAUUCCCGGCGGAGUAACCCAGUGGAGCAGCUUUCUGUUCCGGAAGAGGUGGUGGUUGGCACUGUUAAUAGAUGGAGCUCCUCUUUGCCAUCCAGAAGUUCAAGUAAAUGUUUGAGAUCCCCAGUCACUCUAAAGCCUAAGAGAUCUUUCAGCAUAUCUUUGAGAGAAGUUGUGUCCCAUAUAAUUGAAGACCUAGAUGUAAGCGAUGCAGAAGAAGAGAUGGUUAAUACAGUGAACAAAGUGGAACAGGAAGAGAUUUUCAGACAGGCUGCAGAGCAUCAUGCAAAUGCUGGAUAUUCUGAACAUUUGGAGAAAAAACUGACCAAAAAAGCAGAAUUGCAGAUAGCCACUGCACAGAAUGCCAGAGUCGAAACAGAAACGGCCCCUUCGGAAGAGGGAGUAGCAGAAGGCAUUGUUGAACACCAAGGCUCUCCCGAAGCUGAGCAUGAGAUUGUUGAAGGUGUUGGAGCUGGAAGUCUGGGCAGGCGUUCUCAUGCUUUUUCCUCCUCUGAAAAAUCUGGGAUGAAGCCAUUAAAAGAAGCUGUUGAACAAGCAGAUGAACUAGAGGACCAGGCUAUCAUGGUAGAAUUCGAUAGUCCAGGAGAAGUGCCUACUGAGGAUGAAGCUGAAGACGCUGAGAGUGAAG